AUGGCGGAAGCUGAACAAGCCCAACAACAACCUGGAUUCACCUCCACGACGCAAAAAUUCUCCAAUGUUUCCUUCAACAUAUGGCCACCGACUGACCGCACUCGGGACACCGUCAGAAAUCGCCUGAUCGAGACCCUUUCUUUUCCUUCAAUUUUAUCCAAGUGUUACGGCAUUGUUCCAAGCGAAGAGGCGACGGAUGUAGCGACCAGGAUCGAGAAGGAAGCGUUUUUGUCCGCUGUGGGUGUUGCGACCACUGACAAUGAUGGGUUCAAAAUUCUUCAAGUUUAUUCCAAAGAAAUCAGUAAGAGGAUGCUUCUUCAAGUUUAUUCCAAAGAAAUCAGUAAGAGGAUGCUGGAUACCGUGAAAUCCAGAUCUGAUGAAGCGGAGCCCGAGAGCAAGCCUGUUGAGGAGCCGGAGGUGGAGAGCAAGACGGAGGAGCAGAAUGAGGAGGAGGAUAUGGGAUCCACUGCUCCGCCUCAAAGUGAGAAAAUAGAGUCUGUUGUUGAUGAUGAGUGA